UUUUGUUUAUCUUUAUAGGUUUCGAAUUAAACAACGGCGCAAUCGUAACGAAUUAGAAUAAUUUCGUCUUUCACUAAAUCGCGAUUUGUUUAACUUCCGGUAAUAGUUAAAAAUGGACAUUAAUGUUGCAAUGGUUGACGGGCUGAAAACUCUUGCAGACCAAAUGGCGACGAACGUAGGUAGCCGGCAAAUCAAUCAAGUACCGGAGCUCGUUACGGACAAAAAGUUCGCUCGGCUCUGUGCCGCAUCCUGCGGGUCGAAAGAGUUUACUAACAGUUUGCAGCCAAUCCUGAAACGAUUCUUCGCAUUCGACAGACCGCGGGAAACCAACAGAAGCGACUCGGAUGUGUCGUUCGAACGGGGCUCGAUUUUACGUGAGAUUAUAUCAUUGAUCAUCAGUCGACUGGAGGAAUUUCGGACCCUUGAGCAAUAUAUGUGGUUGUUGAAAUUUGCGUGUGCUUCGAGUCUUUUAAAGAACGUACCACCGGGAAUCGCUUUCGAGACAAACCGAGUCAUUCGCGCCAUUUCCAGCUUAAACACCGAAGAGUUCGAGUUCGAUCCGCUAAAAAUUCAUAUCCUCGCCAGGAGUCUGUUCGAGGACAUUCCGCUGGACGGAAUGAAUCUGAUUCACGUGAUCAAAAAAUUGGUUGUCCUGAAUCACAAGUUGCUCUACUACGUAUCGAUAGCGUUGAUGUUCGCUGGCUUACGCCGAUACACGGCUAAUUGGGACGGUGGAGCAGACCCACCUCCUCCGCAGAUGUACCGACUGCACAAUUUCGAGACGGUGUUAAUUCAACUGCAGCAAGUUAAAAUUGACGACCUACGGCACAAACUGAACACGCGACGAUUUUUUCUUCUGCUGAAGCUGCUUUCCGUCUACCAGAAUGCUGUCCUGCUGAGGCACAGCACCGACAGUCGGCGGGACGUGGACGAGCAGCACUGCUGCUUCGCGGAGUUUUUCCGCUUUCCGGUCGAGCAGAGGAAAGCGUACCUGCAGUGGUUACGGACCGCCAGGAAUGUCGUGAGCAGCCGGAGCAACAAAUCGUCACCGCAGGAGAUUGCUGACAAGGAGGAUUUUCUGCUGAUCAUCGAAUUAAUUGAUCUAGAUAUGAUACCGUCGAUUGAGGAUGAUAUUGAUGACGAAUGAGAGAAUUUAAACGUUUAAA